UUCGAGACUGACGGCAUUGGGGCCACAAAUCAACAAACAAUCAGUGAAAUUAAAAGCAUACCAAUUUAACAGCGAUUUAACAAAAGACAAAUUUUUUCCUGUAUCAGCAGCAGCCUAUGGAAAUGAAGAAAAUAUUCGAAAAUGUCUUAACAAAACAUUUAUAAAUUAUGAGCUUAUAAAUGUCACUAAAGUAUAUUGUAACGGACAUGAAAGCCAAAUCUGUUCAGGAUUUGUUGCUUUAUCUCAUGAUGAUAAAGCAAUCAUUUUGUCAUUUCGGGACUAAUUCAUUCACUCAAUUAUUGCUUGAAAGUUCUGAGAUUGCCUGUAAAAGUCAAACAGAAGUAAAUAUUGGAGGCAAGGUAGCUACUUAUUUCACCGAGAUUUAUAAACAAUUGAAAGCUGAAGGAAUAAUUAAUUGUGUCGCAAAUUUGAUCAAAAUUUAUGCAGAUUACGAACUUUGGGUAACAGGGCAUUCUCUAGGUGGUGCUCUAGCAUCACUCGCCGCAGCAGAAAUUGCUUCUAAUGGAUUAAUUAAUGCUCAAAAUAUAAAAUUAUUAACACUUGGACAGCCAAGAACGGGGAAUUGGGAUUGGGCUGCUGCUAUGGAUCAAAUUCUUCCUUAUUAUAAUUAUCGUGUCGUUAAUCAUCGCGAUGUAAUUGUUCAUUUACCAAUGCGUUUUUUUGAGGGAUAUCAUCAUUAUAGUACUGAGAUUUGGUACAAUAAUGGAAUGGAUGGCGAUGAAGAUGGGCAGGAAGAUACAUUUAUUGUUUGUAACGAUAUGGACGAAGAUGAUGAUAACUGCAGCAAUUCACUUUGGCAAUGA